GAAUUUGUCCGAAUUAUCAUCACCGUGGUAUUAGCCACAACAAGAUAUCGGCAGCAUUCACUGUAAAGUUUUCGCUGUGUAUAUAAUACUUGCGAUAGUCAUAAUUUUCUUUGAGAGUGUGAAUUUCUGUAGCUAUCAUCUCAAUUUAAAUAAAAAAAAUAUCAUUUUACUAUUACCAAUAAAUAUUUCAGUUAUAUAUUUAAAUUGUAUCAUCACAAAUAAUCAUAAACAAUGGCGGGCGAACAACAGCAAUUUUUUCUUAAAUGGAAUGAUUUCCAAUCAAAUAUGGUAUCGUCUUUUAAACAUCUACGAGAUGAAAAAAGCUUUACUGAUGUGACACUAGCCUGUGAUGGACAAACAUGCAAAGCACAUAAAAUGGUACUAUCCGCAUGUAGUCCUUAUUUCAAAUCUCUUCUUGAGGAAAAUCCGUCCAAGCAUCCCAUAAUUAUUUUGAAAGAUGUAGCUUACAAUCAUCUACAAGCAAUAUUGGAAUUUAUGUAUGCUGGAGAAGUUAAUGUUUCUCAAGAUCAGUUACCAGCAUUUUUAAAAACAGCAGAUCGGCUCAAAGUUAAAGGAUUAGCUGAAGCGCCAGGUAACAUUAAAAGGGAAGGCUAAGACUUUGCGCAUAUUUAGUUAUGGUGUUAUUGGAAGCGUGCGAAGUGAAAAAGUGUAAUGAAUGCGUUUAAAAACAAAGUGAUUAAAUAAAUAAACUGGAGCGUUAUACAUACAUAAAACACUAAUACAAAUGUGAGUACUACUAUUAUAAUCACCUCUAGUUCAUGACAUUCAUCAACAUUAAUAUAAUAUGAAUAUAAAGUUUCGUCUUUUUCUCCCCUAUUUGGAUUAUUACCAAAACUCAAUAUGAUAUUUAUAAUAUAGAGAAAAAAAUAGUUGAUGAAAGCUUUGAACUUGAGACGAUGCACAACACUAUUCAUCUAUCACACCAAUUCUAUUUUUUAUUAAGGAAAGUGCUGAAAUUAAAUACAAGUAAGCAGGUCAUCAUAGUUUUAUAUAAAAAUUGGCCGGGGGCACUUGUAAAUCUACACAAUAUCUAUCAUUUAAAUAGAAAAUGUUUAUAAAAAUCAUCCAAUCAGCCUAAUAUUAAUACAUUAAUUAUUUACACAAUUAUUAUUUUGCACAUAUUCUCAUUUUAAUUAUGUUUUGAUAACAUUAUUUAUAUGUAAUUAUUAAAAAUAACAUAUGUAUCAUUUAUAAAAGUAUUUAUCUGAUUUACAACCCCGGUCAUUUAAAUGAAGGUUUUUUAAUCAAGUUUACUAGAAGUGUUACAUCAAUUUAUGUUUAUGUAUUAUUAAUUAUUAACUGAAAUAUAUCAUGUUAAAAUAGCGUUUUACUAAUUGUUUAUAUAAAAUAGAAUGUGUAUUAAUUAGAUCUUUUAUAAUCUUAUGUAUCUUUAAACGCACUUCUAGUAUUCAUGAACUACCUUUACCAAAUACUGCCAGGAUCGUACCGGCGUAUUUACAUUAUUACCGAUAGACCAAAUUUAUUUAUGAUAAUAAUAUAUUGAAGGUUGUUUGUCCUAAGCCGAAGGAAGUUUAAUGUAACAUAAUGAAAAAAAAAUUUUCUAACGCCAGGACGCACAGUUCUUUUAUGAUAUUUAGAGCACGAAUACUGUCAGUAUCAUUUUGGAGAAAAAAAAUAGUAAAAAAGAAAAGAGUGUUAAGAUACAAUUAGUACAGUGAAAUAUUGAUUCUGAGCUUAUUUAUAUAAGAUAUUUGAAUGAAACCAAUUCGUUAUUUACGACAAAAGGGUGCAAUGAAUUAUUUGAAUACAAUUAAAGAUUUAUUAUUGGAUGCGUUAUAACUAUCGAUUAUUAGUAUCAGCAAGUACAUAUACAAAUUGCUUCCAUAUUUUUUUCUAUUAAAAAUAAAUUUAAACAAACUUUCAUCAGGGAUCAUUCUGUCAACUGAAUUGCUUUAAAUAACAUAAUGUUUAUAGAUUAAUUAUAGUUCAAUAUUUUCACUUUUUUUUUAAAAUAACAUAUAAUACCAUAAUAUUAAGUAGUUAUUUAGCAAUUACUCUUAGAACUGGUUGAAACUUAUAGUCUGUAAAUCCGGUCAGUUAAGUGUUAAAAUACUAUAUGUACAUUUUUUUAUCAUUUUGUUAAACUCGCAGUAAUGUUAAAUAUUAUGUAUUUGAUUAAAUUAAUAAGAAUGGUCUCUGAUGAUAGUGUUUGAGUUUCAAAUUGAUUUUGAGCGUUACUUUCCUUUUUAUAACAUUUUAUAACUGAAAAAUGGUUGUAAUAAUACAAAAUAAAUAAUUACAUAAGUAUAUUUUUUAUUUUUAAACGCUCAGAAUCUGGGAUGAAUAAUUAUUUGAAGCUCUUCCCUUAUAAUUGUCAUGUUAAUUUUUAUGCAUAUGUAGAGAGAAAAAAAAUAUUUCUACGACUUACACGUAAUUUCUUACCAGACGACAAUUUUUUCAUCAUUUGAUUUUACUUUUAAUAUUAAGAUGAUUUAAUGAAAAUUAUAAUAAUAAUAUGAAAAUGUUGAAAUAUAAAA